AAAAGAGAAAAGGUUUGGGGUUGAGAAGUUCGUAAAAGGGGAAGGAAGUUGGAUAUUUGGUGGACUCAUUCACCUUUCGUCUUCCUCACCUCAUCAAAAAGAUCCAAACACAAAACUCGAUAGACAGAAAGAGAGAGAGGAAGAGCUACUUACUAUUCUAUUCGAACUGUUUCAGAUCUGAACGAUUUGUCUUAAAAGUUUAGUCUUUUGGGGAUCAGGAUUAGUAAUCGGAGCUGGGUUUUGGUCUGUUUGAGAGAGAAAGUCAACGGAUAUGCCGGAGGAGGAGUCGGUGGAUAUCAAAUUCAGGCUCUACGAUGGCUCCGACAUCGGACCCUUCCACUAUUCAUCUUCAUCUACCGUCGACUUUUUGAAGCAAAGGGUCGUCUCUGAUUGGCCCAAAGGCAAAACAGUUGUUCCGAAAGGGAUAAACGAAGUGAAGUUGAUUAGUUCGGGUAAGAUCUUGGAGAAUAACAAGACCGUUGGUCAGUGUAAGACACCUUUUGGAGAGGUUACUGGUGGUGUCACUGUGAUGCAUGUUGUUGUACAGCCUUCUCUCGCCAAAACUAAAACAGAGAAAAAGGUCGAUAAAGCACCCAAGGCGGUUAUAUGCACAUGCACCAUUUUGUGAAAGGAGCAAGACAUGUAUCAUACAUACCAUUCUCAAUUCUUCAAGUACAGAAGAAAACAAAAGAAAAACAAAAAGAAAGGUGAAAAGUAAAGUAUAGCUUCCCUAUAAGCUGUGGAGUAUCAUCCUAACCUCGCAAUGCAAGCUUUGAAAUCUGUAGAAAAUGAUUUAGAUUCUUUUGAAGUAUCUGUUGUUCCUUGUUUGUUUUUGUUCACACUAUCUGGUAUACUUCAUUCGUGUCGUACUGUAAUAAACGGAAGUUGUAUAGGUUACUUUAGCUCUAAAUGUUAUUAUGUGUGAUGAAGAUGAUUAUGUAUCUAUGAAAGAAAAAGAAGUUGUGUCUU